AUCCAACACAAAGCACAAAAUCAGCAACCAAUUUUCACUCCAAACACUAUCUUCAUAUCCUAGAUUUUCAAAAUGGUUCAAUUAUCUACUAUCUCUAUCGUCCUUGCUUCCGUGCUCUCUAGCAUUGUCGCUGCUAAGAGCUGCAACUCCGGUGGUAUCUACUGUGGUACCUACCUUCUCAAAAGAGGCGACUACAUCACCAAGAUCAACACCAAUCUACUCGCAAACAACCUUCCGACCUCAGACCUGUAUGUAAAGCAAUCCCUUUGGGCCUGCCUUGAGCACGGAGAUAUCAAGCUCCUCGAAUUCUGCGCCGCCGGUUGCGUUGGCGGUGAUAAGAAUGAUGAUUACUGUACUGGGACUGGUGCGCCUGCUAGCAAGAGAGACGAGAUUGAAGAGGACUUGACUGAAGAGGACUUGACUGAAGAGGACUUGACUGAAGAGAACUUGAUUGAAGAGGACUUAGUUGAGAGAGCAGUUGCUAUCAAUUGGAAGGCUUGAAUGCUCAUCGAUACACUUUGGGAGUCUCUGGUCGGUAGAUAUCGUCUAGUCUGUGUUUCUGUAGGUGUGUGGGGUAGAGCGAGAGUAUUUCAGUGUGUUACGGCACAUAAGAUUUCUUAGGGCGGUUGUGGACAGGUUGGGUGGCUUCAAUAUAGACUUCGCUUUCUUUUCUUAGUUGCUCGUUUAUGUAUCGGUUAUCCUUACUUCAAUUUGACUUAUUCAACAAAUUUACACAUUAAUUUUGGUCUUG